AAUGCGGAAACCGCUUCCGGUGUGAACAUGGUGAACUUCUUAUCUACUUUUAACAUUAAUAUUAGCAUUUACGAAUACAUUGAUUAACAUGGCGUAAAAGAAGGGUUUUGGUAGUGUCGAGAUCAGCCUUCUUGCGUUGUUGAACGUAAGUGUAUAUAUUACAGUUUAUUCUCAGUCGCUUUGGUAAGUGACAUUUUCAGACGUUUUCAAUACGAUUUGUUCAACCUCCACAAUUAACACAUUAUAUCACAUUAUGGCAUCAAUUUCUUAUUAUAUUUAAUCAAUUUAAAACGCUCUUGCACAUUCUCCCCAUGAUCAACAUUUAAAUGUCACUGCAUUUCUGUCAUAAGCAUUCAGGUAGCCCAACAACCAUAUGAAGGUAAUCCAGCACUCUGUCCAGGCAUUACAGACAGCUCUGGUCUCCAAUCAUAAAGACUUAGCUAAACUUUACAGCAAGUACACAAAAGAAGAAAGGCAUCUCCUGGAGGAAGGAUUCCUCGCAGGGCAGCAGUCGGAUUCCCUUUUCCAACCCAUCACAGUGCACUCUGACUCAGACUGGAUCUCCACUCACCCUGAGGAGCAUCAGGACUUUGAGAAUUUCUACAGAGGCCGUUCCCGCAAAACCCCCAAUGCAAGCCACAAAACUAUUUACAUUCAAACCAUAGGUUCCUUUGGAGAGGCAGGGGCUCAGACGGACCAGUAUGUGGAGUGGCUCAGAGAAUAUUGCCAGACGUUUUUCUACAGGCUUUCUGUCAAGUUACUGCCGGCGGUUACUGUGGCUGAAACAAAAUGCUCCUUCAGGGUGAACAGCAACUCCCACAACCUUCAGAUACUCACUGGUGACCUGCUACAUUUCCUGUGGAAUAGGAAACCACAAGAUGCUUUCUGUAUUGUUGGGAUCACAAUGAUUGACCUCUACCCCAAAGACUCCUGGAACUUUGUUUUCGGGCAGGCUUCUCUUAGUGACGGAGUGGGAGUUUUCAGCUUCGCCAGGUAUGAUGACAGCUUCUACAGCUGCAGUUAUGCAGGGAGACUGAAGAAAAGGCUUCACCCAAAGCAGGAGAACUACUCUGUGUUUGACGGUUAUUACACCCCUCCCAUCACCAGCUCUCUGCUGCUUCGAUCCUGCAAGACAAUGACCCAUGAGAUUGGCCACAUGUUUGGGUUAAAGCAUUGCCAGUGGCUGAGCUGUGUCAUGCAGGGCUCCAAUCAUCUGGAGGAGUCUGACCGCCGCCCGCUGGAUUUCUGUCCCAUCUGCCUUCGCAAGCUACAGGUCACUAUCGGCUUCAAAAUAGCUGAACGAUACAAGGCCUUAGUGUACUGGAUGGAGGAAGAACAAACACAUAAACCAGAGGAGUCCUCCACCUGUCAGUCUGCGCUCCACUUUCCCAAACCAACAGAAGCCUUCCAGACCUCCAGACUGUGGCUGCACAGGUGCCUGGACAUUCUGCAGGAAUAAAAGGUGAACUCUAGUACUUAUAGUCAAAUCUGGAUAAGAUCUGAAAAUUAAUGAAACAGCUCCUGCUUAUUAAUGUAUUCAAUGUAUGUGCUUAAUAUUUCUGGUGUUACAGAAUCAGAAAUACUUCAUUCAUCCCAAACUGGGAUUUAAAAAAAAAAAUACAAUAUGAAGCAUAACAAAUAAUGAGAAAUAAAAAUAAGAAAUAUACAGAUGUACAAAUAGUGCAAUGAAGUGGAAUAUUAAAUACAAUAUAAAUACAAAAAAGACCAUUAUUAAAGGGCGUCUUUAUUUUGUUUAUGCACCUUUAUUUGAGGAUGUGCACAGCUAGAAAAUCAUCGAGGUGUAUAUUGAGUUCCUUUUGAAUUUCCAGGCAGAAUGACUUUUGGUUGAAUGUCAAAAUCUAAAUCAAAAUGAAAAUGUGUUGUACAUAUAUAGAUAUAGAUUUAUUUAUAUAAAAAAGGUAUAAAAACUUUUUGAUAAUUUGAAGUAAAUUGUGGGACAAAUACAAUAGCAUAAAUAAGUUGCUUGCUGUCGGCCGUGCGAUGCUUUUUUUAGAGCUUGAUACCCAGAGAUGUCCCGAAAACAGCAACAUUUCAAAGCAAAAUACAAGUAUUUAAGUUUGGUGUUUAUAAAAGACCUUUAAACGUAUUUCAUUUGUUCAAAUCACUCUUUGCUUUAUUGUGAUUCAUCGAACACAUUUUCAUUACAAAAAUAGGUUGGGUUCUGACGUCUCGUAUAAAAUAACAGUACAUUGUUAGCUUGAUGACAAACUGAUUAAAAACAAUAAACACUUCUAAUCACA